AUGUGGCGUAUGCACGCGAUGAAGCAUGUGUUGCCAUUAUGCAGGCGCUGGGUAGCGCAGGGUUUGAACAAUCUGAGUACAGGGUCGGAUGACCAGCCUCGUGUUGUGGUGCCUCAUGAUGAGGACCUCAAGUAUCAGAUACUUUAUGAGGCUCAUGAUACGCCACUUGGUGGUCAUUUAGCUCGGGUGAAACCCUCGCCUAAUAUGGCUGCGCCUUUGGCGAGUUUGCCUGUAUACUCGGGGUUGUGGCAGUCCACUAAUAUGGACUUUGUGUUUGGCCUACCGCGUGAUGCGGCAGGCAACACUGGGAUUGUGGUGUUUGUAGACCGACUGAGCAAGAUGGCUCACUUAGCGGCAGUGCCGGACUCCAUCGAUGGAGAAGGAGCAGCUAAGAUCUUCAUGGAUCGUGUGCUUCGACAGCACGGAUUGCCUGUGGCCAUCGUCUCGGAUAGAGAUUCCCGUUUUACGGGUAAGUUUUGGACAUCCGUCUCUAAAGUGCUGGGCACUCGACUAGACAUGUCCACGGCGGAUCAUCUGCAGAGCGAUGGUCAGACUGAACGCUUUAACCGCGUUAUUAGCGAUAUGCUUCGCAGUGUUUGUUCUGAAACACCCAAGCAAUUGAGCACGAUACUCCCUCUGGUAGAGUUUGCGUUGAAUAACACGGUGCAUGCCUCGACAGGAUUCACCCCAUUCUAUGUGAAUGGAUUGGUCAACCCUCGCGUUCCUUUAACGCUACCUCCUGCCACAUCAGGGCUUAGUGGGGGAGAGAUAGCCGAAAGCUUGGCUGAUAUCAGCCCUGUUGCGAUGCGCAAGAUGGUGGAAGCGUUUCUAUCAACGCGUUUUGACGUAUAA